AUGCAUCUCCUAUCCCUAUCAACCCUCCCACUUCUCGCCAGCGCCGGCCUCCUAAGCCGUCGCCAAGCAUCCCAGACAAUCACCAUCAACGUAAACCAAAAAUACCAAACCAUCGACGGCUUCGGCAUCUCCGAGGCCUUCCAAAGAGCAAAUAACAUUGUCAACCUCAAGGAGCCCAAGCAGACCGAAGUCCUUGACCUGCUUUUCAACACCACAUCCGGGGCCGGGUUCUCCAUCGUCCGCAAUGGCAUUGGCAGCAGUCCCAGUAAUGCUAAUGAUUGGAUGAUCACGUUCGCGCAGGACCCGGGUAGCCCUACUGCGCCGCCGAAGUAUAAUUGGGAUGGGAAAGAUUCGGGACAGCUUUAUUUUUCACAGCAGGCUGCCCAGCGGUAUGGGGUGAAAACCUUCUACGGCGACGCUUGGAGCGCCCCAGGCUUCAUGAAGACGAACAAAAAUGAUGCGAACGGGGGCGGUAUCUGCGGCACACCAAGUGCGACAUGCAGUAGCGGGGAUUGGCGGCAGGUAUACGCUGACUACCUGGUGCAGUACAUCAGGUACUACGCCGAAGCAGGAGUUCCCGUCACUCAUCUGGGAUUUGUCAACGAGCCGGAUAUGAGCACCAGCUAUGCUUCGAUGCAGGUGAAUGGAAACCAAGCUGCCGAUUUCAUCAAGGUGCUGUAUCCGACACUGGCCAAGAAUAACAUGUCGAAUGUGGCCAUCACUUGUUGUGAGGCGACUGGCUGGAAUAUACAGUCGCAGUACACUCAGCAGCUGAAGUCGGCGGGAGUGGAGUCGAUGGUUGGCGUGAUAACCGGACACACGUAUACCUCCGGCAUCUCAGGAAGCCAGCCCACCACCCGCAAAGUCUGGGAAACCGAAUGCUCCGACCUGAACGGUCGGUGGUCGACGUCCUGGUACAGCAACGGCGGCAGCGGCGACGGCUACACCUGGGCGAACAACAUCUACACAGGCCUGACCACGGGAAACGUCUCGGCGUACCUGUGGUGGGUCGGCACGCAGGACCGCGCCACCAACAACAAUAACAAUGAGAAGCUGAUCUUGGUGGAUGGGCAGAAUUACGAGGUUUCGAAGCGGCUGUGGGCGUAUGCGCAGUACAGUCGGACUGUCCGCCCUGGUGCGGUGAGAGUCGGGGCGUCGGGGGGCACGGGGCUGAAGACCACCGCGUUUGUGAAUGUCGAUGGGAAGGUGACGGUUAAUAUUAUUAACACGGGGGGUAGUGCGGCGAGUGUGAGUGUGUCUGGGGUUGAUGGGACGAGUGUACAGGCUUGGUUGACGGAUAAUACGCAUGAUAUGAACGCAACCACUGCGAGUAUCACGGAUGGAGCGGUAACAGGUUCGGUUCCCGGGAGGGGGAUGACUAGCUUUGUUAUAACUUGA